GUGCACAGGCAGUCCAAUCAGAGUGAACCGGUGCUAAGCUGACCGGAGGAGGGCUGUGAUUUUCAGCACGGUGCUCCCUUGCAUUUUAAAUCCCCAGUCUGCACAAAAGGGAUAACAAGAGGUUUGAAGAGGAGGAGGAGGUGGAGGAGGAGAAGGCAGGGCAGCCUUUCUCAAGACAGCAGCGUAUUUUACUCAGCUGUUACAAGGAAGGGAGGAGGAUGCAGGCAUAAAGAGGAGGAAAAGCAGCACCCUUUCAAACACCUGCUGAGAGCUGCUGUGGGGCCUUCCUCGUCUUUGGCCUUUUAUCCUCUUUGUUUUGAUGCUCUUUCCAUCCUCUCUCAUUUCCUCUUCUCUCUAAACUGUUAUUUUUUUUUUGGUGCCUUCACUGGUGUCUGGAACAAAAGCUACUUCGCCUUUUUUCCCCUCGGUGGUGUUGGUUUUGCAUCGCAUCAGCUGAGUCAUCAUGUCUGAUCUGACGCCUCAGAGCGAAACCCCCACUCCCACCACCGACAAGAUCACCCAGGCCGCCCGGGAGACCAUUUAUCUCUGCAACUUUCGCGUGUCUGUCGAUGGCGAGUGGCUUUGCCUCCGCGAGCUCAACGACAUCUCCCUCACGCCAGACCCAGAGCCGGCCCAUGAAGAUCCCAAGGACCCCAUCGCAAUUGAAAGGCUUAACUUGAUGAACAUGGCCAAACUGAGCAUCAAGGGCCUGAUCGAGUCCGCCCUCAACCUCGGACGCACACUGGACUCUGACUAUGCACCUCUCCAGCAGUUCUUUGUCGUGAUGGAGCACUGUCUGAAACAUGGGUUGAAAACCAAGAAGACCUUCCUGGGGCAGAACAAGUCAUUCUGGGGGGCGUUGGAGCUGGUCGAGAAGUUGACGCCUGAGGCAGGAGAGAUAACCGCCAGCGUAAAAGACCUGCCUGGCCUCAAAACUCCUCUAGGAAGAGGGCGUGCCUGGUUACGACUGGCCUUGAUGCAGAAGAAACUCUCUGACUACAUGAAGACGAUCAUCAACAGAAAGGACCUGCUCAGUGAAUUCUAUGAGCCGAAUGCGUUGAUGAUGGAGGAGGAGGGAGCUGUCAUCGCCGGCCUGCUCGUCGGACUAAAUGUCAUUGACGCCAAUCUGUGCAUGAAGGGAGAGGACUUGGACUCUCAGGUCGGGGUGAUUGAUUUUUCAAUGUACCUCAAAGAUGGUGGACACAGUAGUAAGAGUGCAGAGGGUGACGGUCAGAUCACAGCAAUUCUCGAUCAGAAGAAUUACGUGGAGGAGCUCAACAGACAUUUAAGUGCAUCCGUAAAUAACCUCCAGGCCAAGGUGGACGCUCUGGAAAAGUCCAACACGAAGCUAACAGAAGAGCUCGCAGUCGCAAAUAACAGGAUCAUCACUUUACAAGAAGACGUGGAGAGAGUAAAGGAGGAGAGCUCGUAUCAGAUGGAGUCCAGGAAGGCAUCAAGAAGCGACUCAGCACCAGACGGACAAGCGCUGGGUGAAACACGCAAGCAGCUCAAAGAGGAAACUCUGCUUCGAUUGGAUGUGGAGAAGGAGCUGGAGGUGCAGAUCGGGAUGAAGCAGGAGAUGGAGCUGUCCAUGAAGAUGCUGGAGAAAGACAUCUGUGAGAAGCAGGACGCUCUAGUGGAGCUCAGACAGCAGCUGGAAGACCUUCGUGCCAUCAACCAACAGCUUAGCCACAAGUCACAGAGCGCAGAUGCCAGCUCUAAACAGAAGAGUGAAGCCAUCGCUCGCCUGGAGGAGAAAAUAAACCAGAUGACAGGGACUGUAAAACAGAUGGAGACCAGAUGCAAACAGGCUGACAGAGAGAGGGAUCUGGCUUUAGAGGCCAACCGGCUCUUCAAACAGGAGUUUGGAGACAAAAUCGAGAGUCUGCAGGUGGAGGUGGAGCAGCUGAGGAGGAACAGGUCUUAUCUGGAGCUGGAGCUGAGGAAGGAGCGAGAGCGCAGGAGUGAGCAUCAUCUCGACGCUGCAUCCAGACAGUCCAGCACUCCUCGGAGGGAGAGGAGACACCCAGAGAGCAUACCAAAACGUCCUCCAGAAUCCCCGUCAGUCAAAAGGGAGAAUGAGGAGUUAAACACGGCAGCAGAGGAUAAAACAAGUCUGAGCUCCAGCCUGUCCUCAAGGUCACACCAUGAGGAUGAACAGGAGUCCUUUGUGGAGAUCAGUCAGCCCUCCAUCUGUACGCUGUGUGAACAUGACGACUCCCUGCUGAAGACAAAGAAACAGUGUAAGAACUGCAGCGGGGUUUUCUGUGAGAGCUGUGUGUCCAACGAGCUGCCGUUGCCUUCCUCCAUUCUCCCAGAGACUGUGUGUACCGCCUGCUUCUCUCUGUUACUCCAACAAUACGCUUCAACGCCAACAUGAAACCGCAUUUUACUACAAGACACGAUGAUCAGACACACGGAAACCAGAGGCAUUUAUUUUGUACAACUGGCACUGCAAAAAUGCACUUUUUGACUUCAUGAUGUUACGAAAGAUCUGAUGGAGUCCUGCGAGUCCUGGACUUGCGAUAUUUUAGUUACUCUAAUUUAGGAAUGUCCAAAUGUGAGCGCUGUUCGGGUGCAGGUUUUCAUUUUUCAAAUACUGGUGUCGCUGUAGUUCUCCCGCUCUGGCUGAAAGUGUGUGUUAAGCUGCUGUGGUAUUUGUUUAGUGAAAACCUGCACUCAACAAAGCUGUAAAAUGGCACCUGAGUGGAGAUUGCUGAUAUAAAAACCAACUUGAAUCAUCUCAUGCAUUAAAAAAAAUGACUUUCCACAAGGUCCACUAAGUGGAUUAUUGAUUAAAAGGUCAACUGACAUUAUAUAUUUUUUAUAUAAUUUAGUUUUAAAAGAUAAAAAAGGAAAAACUGGACUUGUUUAAGCCACAGCUGUGCUCCAAUAUAACGCACCUGUUAAUCAUACACAGAUCAGUGUGUGAUGUAAACAGUGAUGAAUUAAAGUUUUCAUCAUUUCACUCAAAUGAAGCAUGAAUUUUUACACUUGUAUGCUCAAAGUGGCAUCUAAUUCAGGGCGAUACUGACAAAAAAAUAUCCCAAACACUUCAGACCAAAUACUAUACUAUGAUAUUAAGCAUGUGUUAGUAUUUUAGGAAAGCCUAUAUGUGCUGUCAGAAGAUUUUUAUACACUUGAAAAUUGUUAUAAACAAUCAUACAUACAGAAACAUGAAUGAUACAUGAAGUAAUAAUGAGUAAAGAAAAUUGUAAAACUGUAAUGCAGAAUUUAAGACCAGAAAAAGACGAAUCAAACUGUGGCGAUAACCAAAAUCCUUCAUCUAGUCUCUUAUCUUGAUAUCGAUGUUUCAUGAACAUAUCAACGAGCUCUGGUGUUCAGACUGGAGGGGAGAGUUAAUAAUGCUGUUCGACAUUUUGGGUACUGCGCUUAUUCUCUUUCUCAAGUAGAAUUAGAUGAGAAGAUUGAUACCUGUCUCAUGUCUGUCUGUUUGAUAUGAAGCUGCAGCCAGUUAGCUUAGCUUAGCUUAGCACAAAAACUGGAAACAGGAGGAAACAGCUAGCUCGGCCUAGAGGUGCUGGUGGCAGAUUUAUUCUCUCUGGACUGAGCCAGGCACUCUUUAUGUACAUUUAAAGCCCCCCUCCACUCAGUUUUACUUCCUGUUUGAUGGUUAACGCUCUCUCUAACCGUAGCAACCAGACUGCAGCUAUAGUAGUUUGUAAAAUAGCAAUAUGGCACUUACUUUGAUGGGUUUACUGAUAUCAGACCACAGAUGAGACGGCAAUUAACACAUCACACUGAGUUUCUCUUUGACUCACUCUCGUCUUUACUGCCUCCUCCUGCUGCAGCUAUCAGUUGUGUAGUAACGAGGCGCCGUUUGGCUGCCAGUCACAGUCCAUAACAGGAGGGAUAGAUAUGUUGCUGAGGCUCAAUGUUUGAAAUGGAGCUAUGGGACGUUUAGGAGGGGUGCCAUCCACCAGCAUCAGCCCCUCCCGCCAUAGGUCAGCACCGUCACUGCCCCGAGCAGCACUGUGAUUUCUAGCCGAUGCUGGUGGACGGUGCAACCUUUCAACACGUUCUGAAACUGCAUUUUUAUAUGGUGGACCUAGGUAACAUGUCUGUCCAUCCUGCAGUGUGCUGAGGCCAGGAGACGGCACAGGCUACAAAUGCCAUUAUGAAAUUUAACGACACACUAAGGUGCAGGGAAACUACUAAGAUACUACGAUGUCUGUGGUGUUUAUGACAGUGCACCUGCACAAGCUUGGAGGAUGUAUGACUUGCAGAUUCUUUUACAGCCAUGUCAUCUUCCAGUUUUAGCAACAACCUUCUAUUUUUAGCUUCGAGCACGUAAUUAUUCGUCAAAAAAUAUUUGGUGAACAGUGAGUGUGGUUAAAAAACAUUGUCAGGAUGUGACUAAGAAAAAUAUGAAAUACAAAAAUACCACAAAAAAAUGGAGGGGGACUGUAGCUUCAUAUUUACAGUGCAGACAGAAGAGUGGUAUCAGUUAGAGACGGCCAUUUUAAGUAACCUCCAUUUUCGAGUAGUACAUAGGUUAGGCGCAGACUCUGAGCCAAUUUCCUCCCGGUCAGUUCACCAUCUGCCCUGUCAGCAUGAGCUAACACAGCAGCAGCAGCUAACAUCCAACACAGAGCUGUUAAACAGUCCCAAAAAACUCACACCACAAUAGCUCGAGUCAUUCAUUAAACUCAUUAAUAGCUGUUAGGUAGUGUUAGCCGUGUGAUGCUAACAGUCAGCCCUGUUGCUGUGUGUGUGUGUGCGGGCAGGCAGGCCAACUCUCACUAACUGUUCCCUGGUGCGGAGCUCACACUCCCAGCGCAUAUCCCAAAAUGUCAGGCUAUUCCUUUAAGUUUACACAUCUUAAUAUUCUGGGUAAAAUCUUUCUUCACUGUUGCUGUUUUGUUCUGUAUUAGUUAGAAGUUAACAAAAACGCUCAAACAUUAAAAUCAUCUCCCGGUUGUAAAUAUUUGGUCACAUCAGAGUUUAUCUCAAACAGUGCUGCAGUUAAAUCAUAAAAUCUAACAUUUGGAUGUUUAGAUUCUUGUCUUGUCUCUGGGUAAUCUCUUCUUCUGGGCGUCUGAACAUAUGACGGCACUUUUAAAUGCAUGGCUCUCUGCCUGACCGGUUUGAAGUGGGCGAAUCAGUGCAUCUUUAUAACAGCUGUUCUUGUGUUUUGGUGAUUUAUAUGAAGAAUAGAAAGAAUAGAAGCUCUAUAAAACGUAGUCGUUCUUGUUGAAGCUAAUUAACAGGUGAAAUGGAAAUGCUUCUUAGAGCAACAAUAAACUUUUAUUAAAUUUUA